AACAUGAGAUACCGUAACAAUAUAUAUACUCGAAUCUCUUUCGUUGCUUACAUGAUGCUCACGUUAUUGCUAAAAACUCUCCUAUGUUGCAUUGUCGUCUUGAGACGCUUGCCUAUAAAAACCCUCUUGCCCUUUCCAAUCCUCUUCCUCUCUCGUCCUCUCUGUAGUGAAUUUGAAGUUUUGAAUCCCAACAAUGGAGCUGGAGCUGACUCAGUUGAGUGAAGUGAAAACCUCCAGCCUCACUCAUCCAAACGCUGCUCAAACUCUCCACCAUUUCCCUGUCCAACAAAAACCACCAAACCCUGAUUUCAUCGCCCUCCAUGCAAACCCUAAAAUCUCACCCCCUGACUUCACCAGAUCUUCGUCGAUCCCCUUUGUCGGGUUUGUUCCGAUUUCCCACCUGAAUGGCGAGCUCUCUCCAAACCCAUCUCUCUGCAACAGCGCUGCCGCCGCUGCCUUUGAUGACGCCAACAGAGAUCACAUCAACCCCCGUCAUCACUCUGACCAUGUCAGUAGCGUCAUCCAUGAGAAGAGGCUGAGAAGGAUGAUAUCGAACAGGGAGUCGGCGCGGAGGUCGAGGCUGAGGAAGAAGAAGCAGGUCGAAGAGCUCCAAAUGCAAGUGGACCAGCUCCGAGGUGCCAACACUGCUCUCUCCGAGAAACUCAUUAGCCUUCUGGAGAGCAAUCACCAGAUCCUCCAAGAGAAUGCUCAGCUCAAAGAGAAGGUCUCUUCGCUCCAGGUCAUCAUGACGGACCUGUUGAACCCCUUCAGGAACGUGGAAGAAGUUGCCUGCAUUCUCAAGUCCGAAGCAUUGAACCGAUCCGUGGGUUGACGCCAUGGACAAGCAACAAGAAUGGCUCUUCAAUCUCAAAUAGUACUUUCUGUUGGGUAUUAUCGUCUGCACGGCUGGCAUGAUGUGCUGCACUUCCUUGAAUGAACAUAUCGAAAAUACUACGUUUACG